UUUCGAAAUCACUCUGCUCGGUUCCGCUUUCCUUUACUCGAGUAGUGUUUAUUUCAUUGACUGAGGUUUUUUUUUAUCACUGAACGAUCUCUUUACUCGGAAAUGCCAGUCGCUUGUACACAAUUAACGUUUUACUUUGCCUGUCAACACUGUGACAAGGAAUGAUCGAGAAUCAAUUCAACGAAUUUUGAAUGAAAACAUUUUUUACAACUAAUCACUAUGCCGGAUUCGAAUUACACGAGCGAAACAUCUGCCUCCUCCGCGUUUUAACGAAGUGCGAGCUGGACCCACCCUGAUUGAGGUUUCGCCCACUACCUAAUAUUAAACGUCGAAGUCCUUUGGGAUAUUUGAGUCUCGUGUGAUGCUCAAGUUUUACAGCAAGCAUGGCUGAUCAAACAGAAACCUACUAUGCAGAUUUCUUGAAGAAAGAAGAUCACACUGGCAAAUGGCGACUGUACUGGGGGUCGCUGAAUGCUUCAGGGCUUUACUUUCGAUUGGGAAAAACGGUCGAGGGACACAAUAAUUUCCAGCAGUGCAUCGAGCUAACCCCUGAUUCACGAUGUGUGCUAGCUAAACGACGAAUGUACAGCUUUCGCUUUAACUUGAUCACCAAAGGAGAAGUUUACACGCUCAAGUGUGACUCGGUUUUACAGAGACACCGCUGGAUGUACAUGAUAGAUUUAGUGGUGAAUGGCCGACCACCAGAAUCGCCACCAAACGCUAUUAUUCCUUUACUUAACAAUGAAGCAACAAAGAAUCACACGAACAGCAUUGAUGGUGCAGACUCUUGGAAUCAGCGUAACUCAAAGCCAAAGAAUGUCAUUGCCAAAUCUUCAAGUUUCAUUCGGGUUUUGUCAUUUAAGAAGAUCGGGAAUUGGAGAAAGCGAAACAACAGCCUUCCAGCAGCUCGAUCUAAACGAAAGAAAGAAAAUACGUCAAGCACAAACUCUACGAAAAUAUCAGACGACGACUGCAACUUCAAUUUUGCCGAAAACAUGGCUUUCUUUGACGAUUAGAGUGAAUUUUACACGUGGCAAUAACCGUCACGCGAUCUACUCGAGCUGGUAAAGUUGCGUGACGUUAACAAAAAUUGAAGGAGAACAUGAAGACCUUCUCGUUCACUUCUACAGUACAAGGAAGUUUGACUUGUAACCAACUCGAAGCUUUUCUAAACGAUGGAAUCCAUAGAGAAGCCAAAAAUGCUUGGAGUAAUAGGCCCUUUUUAUCUUGUGUACUUACAUAUUAUGUUUCCAUAAUCAUAUUACCAUAAUCGUGUGAUGUUCAUAUUCAAUUAGCAAAAUUCAUUUCAUCUUGCUUUUAUCUACGCGAUAUUCUUCUUUCAAAUCAAACCGAUUUAACUAGAUUGUUAUAUCAUAACCUUAUUGUAUGUUCACGGUAAUAAUUACUGUUUUAGUUUUAGUUUACAAAAUCUUUUGCAGCACUCAGACUGUAUGUAUUUAUGGUCAUGCAAA